AGGGAACUCUUGUGGCACACAUCGACGCGACACUCCCACACGCUACACGGCCUCUCGGUCUCGGCGGGGGGCCGGCAGCAACAAACCGGGCAGCAGCACGGCAGCAAUGGCGUCGAGUUCGACCCUGGAUUUGGCGAUGGGCCCCGGCGUCCUCGUCCCCCGCAGCGCGGUCCCAUACGCCUCCUUCGCUCGAGGAAGGGGAAGGAGCGCGAGCGGGAGGAGGAGCAGGAAUCUGGUGCUCUCCGCUUCCUUCUCCAACGGUGCAGCAGUGCCAUCCCUGACAACAGACUCAGAGAAGAAGGGCCCAGUGAUAAUGGAAAUUCCACUGGACCAAAUCCGGAGGCCACUGAUGCGAACGCGUGCCAAUGAUCCAGUCAAGGUGCAAGAACUCAUGGACAGUAUCCGUGUCAUUGGCCUCCAAGUACCUAUUGAUGUGCUGGAGGUCGAUGGGGUCUACUAUGGCUUCUCUGGAUGCCACCGCUAUGAGGCUCACCAGCGCCUUGGUCUGCCAACCAUCCGCUGCAAAGUUCGUCGUGGGACAAAAGAAACACUGAGGCACCAUAUGCGAUGAGUUGGAUGUUAUUGAUGGCCACAUCAGCUACAAAGUGAUCUGUGUAUCUAGAGCUUAAACAGAACCUUCUAUGGGUUUUUUUUUCCAUCGUCUGUAAUUCUCCAUACCUGUAAAUGUUGCCCAAACAGAGUUGUGAAUAGUACUUCUGUACUCAGCAGCAAGAGGAAAUGUUAAUUCUGCCAACAACAUUCUUUUCGAUAAGUGGAUCUUCCAUUUACAUGGGGUAGCA